UCCAGCUAUCUGGAAAGAUCCAAACCAACCCUAAAUUUGUGAUACACGUAUCGCACAAGGUGCCCGAUGACUCCGAAAAUGAUAAAACAACAACUGUGUUACGUAUUUUUCCUACUUAUCACUGCGCACCUGAUAGACGCCACCAUACCAACGAUUGAUAAUAUCGUCGAAAUUCUCCAAUCACCCACAUUCCAUCAAAUCAUACUACCUCAACCCUUGGUAGCUGCCGAUCCGACGGUAGCAGCAGCUGCAAAUCAUGAAACAAGCACGGUCAACGAUAUGCCGCAGAACGAGUCUCCGGCGCAGAAUGACGAAGCUCCUACCUUGAAGUUAGUAACGCGUGUUCUAGAUACGCUACGAUCGCCCCUUCCUGCCCAGCAGAUUAUACUGGUUCCACAAAGGCGAGCCCUUCCCGGAUGUCCACUGUGCGAUGCUUCCGUGUACAGCUACUGUGACUACAAGGUUUACCACGAUGGAUGCUGUUGCGGAACCACGAACAGCGGUUACGGUCAAGGAUUUGGAGGGGGACUUUCCAACGGUAUCGGCUACGGGGGCUGCGGCUACCAGGAGGAUUGCAGUUUCCUUUACGCAAAUUCAUGCUACGAGCAUCAGCUGAUAGUGAAUUGUUGCUGCAACUCACCAUAUUGAGGGAUUUCACAAUGUUAAAUGAAAAGGAUAACAGGAAUCCGAAGUACUAAUCACACUCUGGUGGUGUAUUUAUGUUGCUUCGACCGUUUCUCAACUGAUGUUGAAUUUAGUUUUAAAUGAUACGAAUCAUUUCGUCCGCGUUCACUCACAAUCAUUGCUCUCUAGUGUUAAAUUAUGCCUAGCACGUGGUUUCGCUCAUCUUAAAAAUGUUCUUCAAUAAAUGACUGACAGAAGAAACAUUCCAAAUUUUCCUAUCAUACCGUCACACACGAAAACUGCCCACUUUCUAUCAUUUUCGAUACGGUCCGAUUAGCAUUGUUGAGAGGAUAUAUUUUAAUCUUAGUUUCAUAGAAAUAUGGAUAUUCUUAAUUUUUGUUCAAUACAAUAAAACUAGAGACGAAAGAUGGAACUCUUUAGUAGCAGAAUGAACGAUUCUUAUUCAACUAUUAGCUUUUAGAGAGAUUAACCAUCUAUCAUAUCAUACCGAAUUACUAAUUCGUGCGACUUUUUUUUAAACGUUCGAUGAAAAACCUUCCUCAAUCUGUCGUAAAACUGCUUCCGAAAAAGGGUUGCUAUUGAAUUCAAUGCGGUUCGUUUAUUGCGUACCUAACGGCACACGGUCACAGUAUAUAGCUGCUCUAGCAUAUUGUUUACAUUACUGUUUAUCACAUGAUUUUCUUCGUUUUGCUAAAAAUCGGAUAAGUUGCUCCUAAUCGUGUAGAAUCAAUUCACCUUAAAAUAUGAAUAGUCAUAAACAUUGAACCUAUUUCUAAACAGUGGGUUUUGAUUAGAUCACAAAAGACUAACAUUAGUGUCAAAGUUGCGUAAAAUA